GUUGUAGAUCAGUGCUUUGAACCGAGUCAACGACCAUCAUCUACUUGCCCUCUGCCGCGUCGCUUCUCCUCCACAUCCCUCAUACGUACGGAGCAUGUCUCCUUACCACAUAGACGAAUCGUCCGGAUCGGAUGCCACUGGGAACGGAACCGCAGAAACGCCAUACGCGACCAUCGCCUUCGCUCUCUUCACGCACGGCCAAGAUUCAAAAGUUCUCGUUCGAAAGGAUCCCAACACUCCGUACGAUGAGCCCACUCAGUCAGCACUGAAGAAAGCUAAGAAAGGUGCCGACGGCCUGGAGAAGAAGAAAAAGAAGGCCGAGGAACUCGCUGAGAAGGAGGCUGCUGCUCAAGGCGCGGAGCGGGAAAAACGGGAUAAGCUGUUGGAGGAGAGUAAAAACAUAAAGUUGGUGGAGGAUACCAGUCUUCCUAAGUCUGUAAAGGCAAAGGUAGUCAAUCUCACUGCCCACCGAGGCAGCCGCGUUCGAGUGCUCGGAUGGGUGCAUCGUCUACGAUCUCAGAAGGACAUCAUCUUCAUCGUACUUCGAGAUGGUACCGGAUAUCUGCAGGCGGUCUUGUCUGGCACAACAGCUCAAACUUACGACGCGCUCACACUGACGCUCGAAUCCACCGUCGAGCUUGUCGGUACCCUUCAAGCGGUACCAGACGGAAAGACCGCUCCUGGAGGCCAUGAGCUCGUGGUCGACUUCUGGCGCGUUGUCGGUCUUGCCCCAGGUGGUGAAGAUGCUUUCACCAACCGAUUGAACGAAAAAUCUGACCCUUCGAUCAUGGCUGAUCUUCGUCACCUCGUCAUCCGCGGCGAGAAUGCAUCUUCAGUCUUACGCCUCCGAUCGCUUCUCCUCAGCUCCUUCCGAGAUUCUCUCAAUGCUCAUGACCUCAUGGAGGUAACCCCACCAUGUAUGGUCCAGACGCAAGUGGAGGGUGGUGCUACGCUGUUCAAGUUUGAUUACUACGGCCAACCAGCAUUCCUGACUCAAAGUUCCCAGUUGUACCUUGAGACAUGUUUACCCAGUUUGGGCGAUGUCUUCUGUGUCCAGGAGAGCUUUAGGGCCGAGAACAGUCAUACCCGUCGCCACUUGAGCGAAUACACACAUCUGGAGGCGGAGCUAGCAUUCAUAACUUUUGACGAUCUCAUGGAUCAUAUCGAGAGCAUUAUUUGCGAAACUGUGGAUCGUCUUCUCAAAAACCCAACAUCUGCUACUCUUAUAAAACAACUCAACCCCUCCUUCACUCCACCCUCCCGCCCAUUCCUCCGUCUCAACUAUGUUGAUGCUAUCACCUGGCUCAACGAGCACAAGAUUCAGCAUGAAGCCGAAGAUGCUGACGGCAAUGUCAUCAAAGACGAUUCUGGAAAGCCCAUCAUGGUCGAUCACGCAGUCGGCGACGACAUUGCAGAGGCGGCUGAACGCCAAAUGACCGAUAUCAUUGGUACCCCGGUGUUCUUGUACGGCUUCCCGGCCGAGCUUAAGGCAUUCUACAUGAAGAAGAUGGCCGCACCGGAAGGCAAAGAAGCACAGUCGGCUGGCAAGAUGUUUACGGAGAGCUGUGAUCUGCUCAUGCCUGGUGUGGGCGAAAUCGUCGGCGGGUCAAUGAGGAUUGCGGAUCUGGAGGAGCUGUUGGCUGCGUAUAAGAGGGAGGGUAUGGAUGCUGCGCCCUAUUACUGGUAUGCGGACCAGAGGAAAUACGGGACUUGCGAGCAUGGAGGGUAUGGUUUGGGUGUCGAGCGAUUCUUGGCUUGGUUGGCGAACAGGUACACCGUCAGGGAAUGUUCUCUGUACCCCAGGUGGCCGGGUCGUGCGACACCAUAGAUGUUCUGCUGUACGAAGAAUCCAGACUGAUCUUGUUUGUUGUCUUUAUAAUUCUGUAGAGCUCCUACUUCGCUUUUGGCGAUGUACUUUGAUUGUUGUACGCGUGUAUCUUUUUUCUCUGAGGGUUCAUUGGGUGACAACAGUAAAACAUUUUAGUAUCAAAUUGGGGAACAC